AUGUCUGACAAUCUCCCCAAACGCAACCUCACCCUCAGGCAGCCCGCCCCCGCCUCCACUCCCAUUCCUCCCUCCCUCCAGGCAAAGAUGGCCGCCUUUGCCAACAGGCCCCCCGCUCAGACCCAGGGCUCAAUCCCCGCCCUCCAGCAUCCUGCCCUCAACCAGGCUGCCUCUUUCCCCCCGCCUCAAAAGCCUCAGAAACCUCAGAGCAUGGCUGCACGCAGAGCUCGUCCAAACUUUUCCCUUCGCGACAUAGACUCCUCCUUUGUCAUCCCAGACGGCCCCUCAGCUGCUGGUCUCGGUGCUGGUCGUCCCUCUCACUUCCACGACCCGCCCCGCAAGCCUCCCCCAAAUUUCGCCUCUCCCUUUUCCAACUUUUCAAAGAUCGUUGAUCCGUCAGGCGCUCUCAAUUUCAAUGGCAAGGCCGUCCUCCACGCUGCAGGUGUCAACUUUUCAAACGGCGCCUCCUUUGCAAUCAACAUGGACCAGCUCCAACUAGACGAGGAGCUUGGCAAGGGAAACUAUGGCACUGUAAAAAAGGUUCUCCACAAGCCCACCAAUGUCGCCAUGGCCAUGAAAGAAAUCAGACUCGAGCUCGAAGACGCAAAACUCAAUGCCAUCAUCAUGGAACUCGAUGUUCUCCACCGUGCCGUCGCUCCAGAGAUCGUCGAAUUCUACGGCGCAUUCUUCAUAGAAUCAUGUGUCUACUAUUGCAUGGAGUACAUGGAUGCCGGCUCCCUCGACAAGCUCCAAGGUGCAGGUGUCCCCGAAGACGUCCUCGCCCGCAUCGCUUCCUCUAUGGUCCGCGGCCUCAAGUUUCUAAAAGACGAUCUCAACAUCAUCCAUCGCGAUGUGAAACCGACAAACGUACUCGUCAAUCGCAAGGGCGAGAUCAAGCUCUGCGACUUUGGCAUAUCCGGCGAACUUGACAAGUCUCUUGCCAAGACCAACAUCGGAUGCCAAUCCUACAUGGCCCCGGAGCGCAUCAAAGGCGAGUCCCAGAACAACCUCGGCACCUACACCGUCUCUUCAGACGUCUGGUCUCUCGGCCUCUCCAUGAUUGAGAUUGGGCUGGGACGCUACCCAUACCCGCCCGAGACGUACUCGAACGUGUUCGCCCAGCUCACCGCGAUCGUGCAUGGCGACCCGCCCGAGCUCGACGAGACCAAGUACAGCGAAGUCGCACGGGAGUGGGUCGCCAUGUGCCUGAGGAAGGACCCGGAGCGGCGCGCGAGCUAUCGCGAGCUGCUCGAGCACCCGUUCUUGAAAAAGGACGAGACGAGCGACGUCAAUAUGGUCGAGUGGGUCGAGAAGGCGCUGGCGCAUAAAGCGACUGCUGCUCUCCUUGCGUCAAAGGCGCAGCUUCCGCAGUCUGUAUAG